CUGAAAAUGCACUUGACAUGUUGUUGACAAUAAUUGACAUCCGACAUUUCAACACAAACAUAACCUAUGCAAAAAACGGCAUUAUUUUUAUGUGAUAGUGAUAAAAGAUUGUUUUAAGGAUAAUCAAAAACAACCAUUCUAAAAUGGCUACAGACGUCCUUAGGAAAUCCCCGCCGAAAAAUAAAGAAUUGGAAAAUGGGGCAGAACCUUCUGCUCCUAUUACAAAAAAAGGAAUACUGACGUCCUUCUUGAAUGGCAAGUCAAUGAACAUUCCAGAAACCGAUUUGUUGGGAAGAUGCAGAUUUGUAACAGAAUUCGACAAAUUAAACAGAAUUGGCGAAGGAACUUAUGGAAUAGUUUAUCGUGCAAAAGAUCAAGUUUCUGACAAAAUAGUGGCCUUAAAGAAAGUGAGAAUGGAUUUAGAACGAGACGGCAUUCCAGUUAGUAGCUUAAGAGAGAUUCAAGUUUUACUGAAUUGCAAACAUGAAAAUAUUGUGCAUCUGAAAGAAGUUGUAGUAGGAAGGAGUUUAGAAAGUAUUUUCUUGGUAAUGGAGUAUUGUGAACAAGAUUUGGCCUCAUUGUUGGAUAAUAUGCAAGCACCAUUUACUGAAUCACAAGUCAAAUGCAUUAUGCUACAGGUUUUAAGGGGUUUGAGGUAUUUGCAUCAUAAUUUUGUGGUGCACCGUGAUCUUAAGGUCUCUAAUUUGCUCAUGACAGAUAAAGGUUGUGUUAAAAUCGCUGAUUUCGGUCUGGCAAGAUACUUUGGCGUCCCGCUCAAACCAAUGACCCCACACGUAGUAACCCUCUGGUACCGAGCACCUGAAUUACUCCUACAAGCCCCUACGCAAACCACCAGUGUCGAUAUGUGGGCGGCCGGCUGCAUUUUAGGGGAACUACUGGGUCACAAACCGCUUCUACCGGGGCGCUCAGAGAUUCAACAACUCGAACUCAUAGUGGAUCUGUUAGGCACGCCCUCUGACGCCAUUUGGCCCGGCUUCAGUCAGCUUCCUGCUUUACAGAAUUACUCUUUGAAGCAACAGCCUUACAACAACUUGAAGCAGAGGUUCCCUUGGUUGUCUGCUGCAGGACUGAGACUGUUGAACUUCUUGUUCAUGUACGAUCCUAGGAAGAGGGCAACCGCCGAGGAAUGCUUGCAGAGUAGUUACUUCAAGGAAGCUCCACAACCUUGCGAUCCAAAAUUGAUGCCUAGUUUCCCGCAGCAUAGGAACAUCAAAGGAAUCAAGACAGCCGCGCCUGAGCCUCCCAACACCGGAGCCGGUGAUCAAACAAAUAAUUUACCUGCGAUAUCAGAUUUGCUGGGAUCGAUAGUGAAGAAGAGAAGGAUCGAGUGA